GUAGGAGAGGCGUCUGCUGUUCGAAGACAGUUCUAUAGAAUGUCCCGUGAUAAAGCGUCCUAGCCCCAGAUUAGCGUCGAGGGCCCUUCUACCUCCCGUGCUCUGCAACAAUCGAGGUCCCGGUGCCAGAACUACAGGAAUGCGCAUUCCGUCGGGUUGAUCCAUCGAUGCAGAAGACGAAGGAACAAUGAAGACCACAAAAGCAGUCUGGGUUGCGCUUGUUUUCACCGCAGCAUACUGUCAGUCCGACCACGUAGAACGCAAUACUAAGCUUGGCAAGCUGAGAGGAAACCGGCUGAAAAUCCUAGGGAACGUGAUCGAGGAGUACGUCGGAAUUCCGUACGCGGAACCACCGAUUGGGGAUUUACGGUUCAAAGAGCCGGUACCUCGAUCACCUUGGAAAGGAACCUACGACGCAACGACUGGAGGCAGCGCUUGUCCCCAGCAGCCCAUAUUUGAGAACAAGAAGAAACCACUCACAUAUACAGAAGACUGCCUUCACCUCAAUGUCUGGAUGCCCCAAAACGCCCAGAAAAGCAACGUCCUUGUCUGGAUACACGGGGGUGGUUUCAAUUUUGGUACCGCGUCAUACGAGAUCUACACCGGUUCAGUUCUGGCGGCCAAGACGGGAUUUGUGGUUGUGUCCAUCAAUUAUCGCAUAGGCAUGCUUGGCUUCCUCAACGCCAACUCUCCGGACGCGCCUGGUAACCAGGGACUCUUGGACCAGAACCUCGCGCUGAAGUGGGUACGAGACAACAUCAAAGCCUUUGGGGGAGAUCCUUCCAUGGUCACUAUCUUCGGAGAAAGUGCGGGAGGCAUGAGCGCUCACAGUCACGUGUUAUCGCCCAUGGGCAAGGGGCUGUUCAAAAGAGCAGUGAUGAUGAGUGGUUCUAUGUACACGAUGGAUUUCUUCGAAGGUACCCACGAAAGUAUCAUCAGAGGAAACAAGGUUGCUCAGGUGGUAGGGUGUGCCGAAGCAAACAGAGAUCUUGUGUCACAUCCCGACGAAGUUCUGCAGUGCUUACGGUCAAAGAAGGCGGAAGAAUUGGUCCUGGCCACAACCGAGGUUUCAAACCCGGUUGCACUCACAUUUCUCCCGACUUAUCACGACAAAUAUUUGCCGAAAGUCCCGACGGUUGCCAUUGACCGUGGCUUCUUUCAAGACAUCGAGGUCCUCACGGGAGUGACAACGGACGAAGGAGCUCUGUCAAUCGUAAUGCCUCCCAUCCCAGAACUCUUGAACGAAUCCCUAGAGGACCUCGCACAGGACGAAUUUGACCACGCGAUUCGCAAGUCGGUGCUAUCCUGGAUCAACUCUGACGACACCAGUCUCCUCUCGGAGUAUAUGGACAGGGUACCUCCAGGAGACAAAGAAGGAUUGCGGCGUGCUUACAUAGACUACCUAUCGGACAGAGCAUUCAAGUGCCCUGGACAGUUUCUUGCCGAAAAACACUCAGCAAGAGGGAGCCCCGUAUAUUUUUACGUUUACGCUCAUAAAUCAAAGAAGGAUGGACUUCCGUCGUGGAUGGGUGCUCCUCACCACACAGAGGUUGCUUUCUUUCUGGCACUACCUCUUGACAGUGAUGCUGGAUAUAGCGACGAAGACAGGCUGAUCAGUGAGGCCAUGGUCGCAAUGCUUACAUCGUUUGCAAAAACAGGCGUCCCGAAGCUCCCAGAUGUCGACACGUGGCCGAGAUACACAAAGGAUGCACCGGUUUCAAUGCUUCUGGCAGCCAGCAACUUUACGGAGGUUCGCGCGUAUCGAAACCACGUGUGUGAACUUUGGAAGGAGGUCUUUUAGGAUCAGAGAUGAAUACCAUUUUGUUCUUAAUGUUACGGACACGGAAACUCCGGCGUUACUUAUGGUAACAGUGUGCCAAGAAUAGAUACGUUUUGAUGAGAUAUUGACGUACUUAUGUGGUUUUGCUGUAUAAUAAAUCUUAACAGUGAAUCAAGCCAUAUUUUUAACAUGUUUCUAGCUACUAAAUUCUUGAAUCCUUGCUUCCCUACAUUUUUUUGAUUAUAAUAGGAAUGCGAUGACAGUAUCUCAUACAAAAGAAAAAAAUGAAACAAAGGAAUUAUCUUGUCA